AUGGCGUCCACUACCACCGUCGCCGCAACGACGACGACGACGGCGUCGACGACGAGCAGUGUUGAUACGGCGACUAUAACAACAUUAGCCAUGUCGAGGGUCUAUACACCACCAGCUUCCUGCUCCAGCUCUUGGACCUACGAAGCAGAAGCUGCAAAUGACGUUCCGAACGGCCUAUUGAUGCAGAAUUGUGUAUCAGCCGACACGGGAUGUUUUCCUUCUGGAUUCUCUCACAAUGGGAGAGUGAUCGGAACAGACAUGGUUUAUAGCCCUGGGUGGUGUCCUAUGGGAUACACAUCCGCAGACAUGGUUAUUUCCCAGGCUGUAACGACCGCAGUAUGCUGCAUCUCGGGAUUCUCGUACUUCACUGAGCUAGAGUAUCAGGCACUCGGAACUCUCACAUAUGCUGGUUGUAUUAGCACUUUGCCGUCAUCAAGUUCCACGAUAGUGACCGUUCGCCAAACCGACAUAAGCACACAAGUCACUGGGCCGAUCACGAUGUGGGCGCAGCCUAUUCGAAUAGAAGUGCAAGCUACGGACGUCAGUCUCUUCGUUACCACAACAUCUACAUCCUCUUCUACUGCAAGCACCACGGUCGCCGAGCCUGCCUCAACAAAUUCCAUCGUCUCCCCAACAUCCACUGCGACAGAGUCUUCUUCAGCCGAAAACGCCAGCAACGGCCUAUCUACCGGAGCUGAAGUUGGUAUUGGCGUGGGUGUAGGUGUCGGCGCCCUCUGUCUCCUGAUCGGAAUUGCCUUUUUGAUCCUGCGGCACUAUAAACUGAAAAGAAAGGCACGUAUUGCGAAUGCUCAGUACCCAUAUUAUUAUGGGGGUGAGCUCGUUACACCCAAAAAAGCCAGACAAUCGGGCCCGUCCGAGCUGCCUACGACUGCCGAGAAUGGAAAUCAUACCAAUAUCCACGAACUUUAUGCUUAG